AUGAUCAGGAAGAACUUCAGCUUGUCAGCAGAGCUUAAGAAAGCUGAUCAGAAGAAACAACAGAGAAUUCAACAUCGUCAGAAACAUGAAUUUAUGAUGAAAAAAUUGAAGGAUGCCAAUCCUAUUGGUAUUUAUGAAAGGUUAAUGGCUGCUAAAAGGGACAAUAAGAAAGAUAAGAUCGUGGCCCUUCAAAGUGAAUGGGACUUUAUUUUGAAACAUGGGUUACAUAAGGAGAAGGUUGAGAGGUACCUUGAAGGAGUCAAGAGGAAACAUGAGGAGGAAGAAGCUUUUAGAACUCAAAAUCAUGGACCUAAAUCUGUGUACUAUAAUCCUGAACUUAAUCCUUUAGGUCUUGUUCCUGAUGCUAAGAACUUGUCGUAUCAAUUGGUAACUUCAUUGGAUAAUGUUGUGAAGCCUUUGAAACAUAGGACGACUUAUGAAGCCGACCCAUUAAUGGAGAAAUUGAAAAUACGACCUCCAUCACUGGAACCACCUAGAUUCUAUAAAAGAGUGAAUUUCAAUACUGAGAUCUCUGUAAGUUCUGAUCUGACCAAGAGACCAAAGACCUGA